UUUUUCGAGCACAGGAAUCUCUAAGGUAGACGAAUUUUUAGCCAGAGUCUGGGCUUAUAGAACCAUCAUUUCCGUCCGUCUAGGAAUAACUGAUCACGAUUGAUUGAAACGGUUUCUAUGACGUGGCGCCCCAUAGAAUCAUAAAGUGUCAAAUAAUGCUGGUAGUUAUCAUUUUAUUCUCCACUCCACGUUACCCAACGUGGCUUGGCCUGUACCUGUUACACGGAUGAGAAUAAUGCAAAGACGAAGAAUGGUCUCGCCCUCCGGUUACAGCAGUCUUUUUCUUGUCGAAAUGGAUAAUACCCAAAGCUCUCAGACGCCUGGAAGACCUCAAAGAAAGGGGAAAUUAGCAUGGAUCACAAACGUAGCCAUUAGAUUUUAUAGGUUUCUCAGACCCAGAAAAAUACAUCAAAACUCAAGAACAACACUUCCUCCGCCUCCAAUACAGAAUAGCAACCUCAACAACAAUGAACCAUCUCUUCUUGUCCGCAGUAGUAGCAUGCCAUCGUCCUGUGAUACAUCUUUGUACACUAUUGCAUCCACGAUACCGCUGACCACAAACACGUCACAGAGCGAAAGUCUUUCAAAAAACAUGGCAAAUACAGUAGAACUGGCCAAGACAAAAGACGAACGGGAGGACAGACGACGUUUCUAUGCCUGGUACAAAUUAGUGCAGUCCUUAAACGAGGGUACGUUCAGCCGGGUGUAUGUCGCAUAUCAUAAAUUCAGUGGGGAAAUUGUUGCUGUGAAGAAAAUCGAGAAAGACUUGAUCAAGAACGAAUUAAGCCGCACAAUGUUGGAAAUUGAAGCCCUUAAAAUGCUCGAUCAUCCCAACAUCAUCAAACUCUAUCAAGUCUUUGAUUCUGGUCGAUAUCUUUUGUUAGUGCUCGAAAUCUGUCGUGGAGACCUAUUCGACGUCAUCCACAAGUACAAACGGAUCAAGGAACGCCUCGCAAAGAAAAUAUUUUACCAAAUUGCAACAGCCGUUGACUACAUGCACUGCAAGGGCUUUGCACAUCGAGAUUUGAAACCGGAGAACGUACUAUUCGACCAAAAUGGGAGUGUGAAAUUGAUCGACUUCAACCUCAGUGCGAGAAUCCGGUAUGCAAGUGGUACUGGAGGGUGGAACAAGCUCCAAACUCAUUGUGGAACAAUUGAGUACGCUGCGCCAGAGUUGGUUAAACCGGAAGAAUUUUACGACGGUCCUCCCGUCGACUCGUGGUCACUUGGAGUUUUGUUGUACACAAUGUUGACUGGAAAAUUCCCGUUUGAGGAGCCAGACAGAAAAGCCAAAAUUUUGUCCGCCGUGUACCAUACUCCGUCUUACAUUUCAAAAUCGGCCCGUGACCUUAUGAAACAUUUGAUGCAAGUAAACCCGAAACUGAGACUUUCUCCAGCUCAAAUCUUGAACCACGUCUGGCUGACUAACAAACGCGACGGAAAACAUGGGAUCAUCACUGGUCGACCAGAAUCGGUUCGCUACUACCCGAAGAAUAAUACUUCCCCCCUGGAUCGAGAAAUCGUGGAGUAUUUGGCCUCUGAAAUAAAUUUGCCUUUAGACGAAUUUACUAAGCGAGUCGUGGGAAAAGAGUACGAUACUUUCGAAAUGGGAGCUUACGCGAUUUUCAAAAGGAAGAAGGAAAUUUUAGGAAAAAUUGAUUUUGAACGGUGGAAAGCCACGUGGAAAUCGAAGAAGGCGAGUGUGGUGGCGAAAAAUUCGAAAAACAAUAAUUUGUCGUACUUUCAUAAACCACCUGUUUAAACUUUAAAGAUUUCUGAAGAAAUGUGCCGUUUUUUUAAAGAUGUGUCUUUUUUAAAUAAAUUAUGACCAUUUCAUUUGUAAAUGUGUA